UCUGGUUCCGGUGAGCAGCAGGUACAGAGGCCAGGUGUGUGAGCAUGGCGGAGCAGCAUUACCUGGAGCUGAGCGAGGACCCCGUUCAGUUCGAACACGCCUCGAGCGUCAACAACGUCUUCUUCGAUGAAGCUAACAAGCAGGUGUUUGCGGUGCGUUCAGGUGGAGCCACGGGCGUGGUGGUCAAAGGGCCAGACAACAAGAGCAGCGUUGCAUUCAGGAUGGACGAUAAAGGAGAAGUGAAGUGCAUCAAGUUCUCCAUCGGAAACAAAAUCCUGGCCGUGCAGAGGACCUCCAAGUCCGUGGAUUUCAUCAACUUCAUCCCCGACUACCCCCACACCGAGUUCAGUCAGGAGUGUAAGACGAAGAACGCGAUCAUUCUGGGGUUCUGUUGGACCAGCUGGAACGAGAUCGUCUUCAUAACCGACCAGGGCAUUGAGUUCUACCAGGUGUUUCCAGACAAACGCAGUCUGAAGCUGCUGAAGAGUCAGAACCUUAACGUGAACUGGUACCAGUACGGUCCGGAGACGGCCGUCAUCCUGCUGUCCACCACGGUUCAGGGAAACGUCCUGCAGCCGUUCGCCUUCAGAAACGGAACCAUGUCCAAGAUGUCCAAGUUUGAGAUCGAGCUGCCCGUCGUCCCCAAACCUGCCAAGCUCAACCUGUCUGAGAGGGACAUCGCCAUGGCAACCAUUUACGGUCAGCUGUACGUCAUGUACCUGAAGCAUCACUCCAGAGCAGCCAACAGUCCCGGAGCCGAGGUGGUCCUGUAUCAUUUACCCAGGGAGGGUGUGUGUAGGAAGAGUCACGUGCUGAAGCUGAACAUGACGGGGAAGUUCGCUCUGAACAUCGUGGAUGACCUGGUGGUUGUUCACCACCAGAGUUCUCAGGACGUGUCCCACAAGUUCAUCAUAGCGGUCCUGAUGGAGUACAUCCGCUCUCUGAACCAGUACCAGAUCCCUGUCCAGCACUACCUGUACGAGCUGGUCAUCAAGACUCUGGUCCAGCACAACCUGUUCUACAUGCUACACCAGUUCCUGCAGUACCACGUCCUGACGGACUCCAAACCUCUGGCGUGUCUCCUCCUGUCCCUGGAGAGCACGUACGCUCCGGCGCACCAGUUGUCUCUGGACAUGCUGAAGCGUCUGUCCACGGCCAACGAUGAGAUCGUGGAGGUUCUGCUGUCCAAGCAGCAGGUUCUGGGCGCGCUCCGGUUCGUCCGCAGCGUCGGCGGCCACGACAACGUGUCGGCCCGGAAGUUCCUGGACGCGGCCCGGCAGACCGGAGACCAGAUGCUGUUCUACACCGUGUUCCGGUCCUUCCAGCAGCGGAACCAGCGUCUCCGAGGAAACCCAGCCUUCAACCCGGGUGAGCACUGCGACGAGCACGUCUCCCACUUCAAGCAGCUGUUUGGGGACCAGGCGCUGAUGAAACCUGCCACGGUCUGAUG